AUAUUUAAACAACGCAGCGAUUUGGCGAAGGAGCGACAGGGAAGAGAAAAUGCAGAUCUUUGUGUUAGCCCUAAAUGGCAAAACAAUCACUCUGGAAGUCGAAAGCUCCGAUACAAUCGAUACUAUCAAGGCCAAGUUUCAGGACAAAGAAGGAACUCCUCAGGAUCAGCAGCGCCUCAUCUACGGCGGGAAGCAGUUGGAGGACAGCAGGACCUUAGCCGAUUACAACAUUCAGAAGGAAUCAACACUCAACCUCAUGGUCCCCCUGUGUGGUGGAGGCACCAGCUGGAGGAUACCUUUCGUUGCCAAUCAUUUGAUCAAGAAACUCAAGGAGUUGAAUCAAAAGUCGCAGAAGGAACUGAUUAAGACAUGGUCGAGGGGUUCCACCAUUAUACCGGAAAUGGUGGGGCAUCGUAUUGCCGUUUACGACGGAAGGAAGCACAUCCCCUUUCGCAUCGUCGAGGCUAUGGUGGGGCAUAAGCUGGGAGAACUGAAGCCGCGGCGUUUACAUAGGAAAGAGGUUCAUGCUCGCGGCAAGGCGCCACAGAAGAAGAAGAAGUGAGCAACGGUUGCUAGCGGAUUCCCAAGUAACUUCUAGAUAGCAUUGUGCAAUUUUAAGUAGUCCUCUAUAUCGGAAGGUUGCACUGCAGAAUUGAUGAUGUUCGUGUAUGCUAUAUCUUGUUUACGUUUGGGAAGCACUUUUCAAUACCCCAGCCUUUGAGUUUAGGGUUGUUGAAUAAGAUCAAAUAACCUCAUUCAUGAAGUAAUGGUGGCCUUCUGUGUGCACUCUUAAAAAUGAAUUGAGAUUAAGAUGCAUUUAAGUUUCUGCAUUGAGCAGAAAAUUUUGUUUCUUUUUUAUGUUCUAGUUGCUAUUGGAAAUCUGUCCUCUGGUUUCAUGUUUGCUCUGCCGUGUUCUGUUUAGACAUUGAAGAGCCUAAUUCUAAAACAUUUGUUCCACAA